UUAAGUUUUAUUUCUCUUACAGAAAAGAGCCAGUACACCUCUCGCAUAAAGUCUCUUCCCCUGAAGUUCGGAGAAUGCCGUUAUUUUGACGUAUCCAGCCUAAACGAAGAACGAUAUGGUACGUUAAUAAGACUCAACUUAAGCUUGCAUGUAAGAAUCAGAACAGUCGAAGCAAAAAUGUAAGCUUAAUGUACAUUAAGAUAAUCAUAAGUGAAAUAUCUAUCUGGGGAAAACCUUAAACAGGAGUGAACUUCUCUUACGAGCAGGUUACCCAAAGUGUAUAUAUAGUUUAAAAAGUUGAUCGCGGUGAGGGCGCGGGUGGCAGCCUUUCUCUUCUUGAGAAGGUUUCAGUACAAGAUCAUUUUAUCUUUUUGGGUUUAUUGAUUUUUUAUAUCCAUAUAGUAUUAAUACAAGUCAUUCCCAUUCACUCUCUUGUAAUGCCAAAGGAAUUAAACUCCGAUCCCUUUAUUAUAAAGCUCACGGCAAGCCUAAAUUUAUGCGAUCGAGCUUUGUACUAUGACCCUCAUGGCGUACACGUAAGCGUUAUAAUGUAAACUGAUUUGGCUUAUUUAUAAACAUUCCAUUCCCUUGGUCUGUACACUUAUUUGCUUAUCUAAAUAUCGAUUCGAUUGAUAUAUUUAAUUUUUCACAGAAUGGGAUUUUAAAUAAGUGAAUGUUUCACUCACAGGCAUCAUGUUUUGAGAUGCUUACUCAUGUCACGUCACGUCCUGUGACAGUCAUUUCUGAUAUUGGCUUUGUUUGAAAAAGUCAAUGGAUACCUCCUUAUAACAAAUCCUGACAAACAGGAUGAUUAUCCACUUCCACUGAUCUACUUACCUUCUUUUUAAUUUGAAACCUUAGUCCUAGUAUCAGGCUACAUUUCCUCCUUUCAGCUUCACAUAUCUUUACCCACAUUGUCGGUGAGGUUAAAGUGUAAAAAUAUAUUCAUUUUGGGGCAUCACACUUGAAAUUUAAAGAACCUAUUAAUUAUAUCCACUUCCUCUCAAAAUAAUCAAGGAUCUACUUACCCUCUUUGUUAUUUGAAACCUUAGUUCCUAGCAUCUGCUUACCUUUCCUCCUUUCAUAUAAUCUUACACAGGCUGUGAGAAGGGAAGUGUAUGAAUCUAUUUUGUGGCUUCACACUUUAAACUCAAAUAACGUAUCUUUUUGAUCAAGCAGUGACGGAUGAUAAUGAUAUUCAAAUUGUAGGGAAAGGAAGAGGCAUGUUCAGAGAUGAUGUAUUACAGAAACAAAGUAUUGAGAAUUUCAUUGAAACCAAUUAAAAGCUUAACAAAAACCUAAAAGGAGCUUAACUUAUUUCACUCUAUUUCCUUGUCAUUUGUUACUUACAGGACUUAUCCCUGUAUAAAUUGACCUUUUACAACCAAGAAAUCUGUCACAAAAAUCUGCUUUGAACAACUUAGGCACAGAUUACAACAAUAGAAAAUAUAUUGUUUAUGCUGAUAGGAGUUGUUGCCGGACCCAGCGUUUAGGUUUCUUUAUUUCAUUUGCUAGUAAAUGUGUGAAUAUGUAAAUAGUUAUUUAAGAUAUUUUUAUUGUUUCUAUAGUAGUGGUAGUGUUAAGUUAUAUCCCUUUAAUUCAGUUAAUUCUGCAGUGUGGCAAAUAAACAGUAUAUUUAUUUUUUAUUUAUUUUUACAAGUUUUGGAGGGCUAAGGGUUAAAGUUCUAAGCUUAUUGAAAAACCUGUUGGAAAUGCUUUGUGGUGUUCGAGCUCUUUGAGUUACCCCAGUAAGCCCCAAUAUCCACAUACAAAUUCUCCAAACUGAUCUCUAUACAUUUCCUUAAAGAAUUAGUUGAGAGAAUUUGUUAAAAGAUCAAAGAUUUUUCUCUUGGUGAUUAUUUUAUUAAUUCUCAUAGACUUUGCUCUUGACAAUCUAUGGAUAUUGUUAGCAGAAAAUUGAUUUUGGACACUAUUGGGGCGUAAAGGGUUAAAGGGAAGAAUCUUUCAAGAAUUUAUUUGCAAAUGUCACAUUGUUCAUUUGCCUCUGGCUGCUAAGUUUUAUAUCUAGUGGCUGUCAAGUUGGUCCUGAUUGGUUGAUAUGUUUUUUGAAUUUUCUUGAGAUUCUUUGGUCCUUCUUUCAUCUAGUACAGUCUCACAAAAAUGAAGUUCCAUCUCCUCUAUGUAAAGGACAUAAAAACUUCAUCCUUGCAUUUUGAAUAGUCCCUGAACUUUAUACUGUACUGUAAAUAUGUUGACAGUGUAUUAAACAAAGGUAUUUUGUACUUCACUUCUUUAGGUCGUCUGCCAUUCUCAAUCAGGGUGCUACUGGAAUCUGCUGUUCGUAACUGUGAUGGUUUUCAAGUGAAGUCAAAAGAUGUUGAAAAUAUUUUGGACUGGGAGAACAACCAGAAGCAAAAUGUUGAAAUUCCUUUUAUGCCUGCCAGAGUUAUCCUGCAGGAUUUUACGUAAGUCAGGGCUCAAAAUAGGUGCUGGUCACUGGACAAGGUGCAGCCAAGAUGACCAUUUGUCCGGACAAACUUGCUGUUGGCCCAUCCUUUUGGCUGGUCAACUAAGUGCAUGUUUUUAAAAUAAAUACCUUUAACUGGAAAAUUAAAUUUAUUCACAUUACUUCUGUAAGUAACCAAAAAAAGUAAAAUUAUCUGCUUGCAGCUAUCAAUAAAUUCAGAGAAUAGAGAUAAGAUGAUUCCACUAACUGGCUUUUGCAAGCCGGUUAGCUGUUUGCUAGUUUUCAUCAUUUUGAUGAGUUCAAGAACGAGCCAGCAAGAACGAGAUAAAGUUUGCUUGGCUGGUUAUUUUUUGACCCGUCAGAAAUGGUCCAACAUGGAAAGAAGCCUUACUCGGCAUGAUUGAAGUGUAAUCAUAGCUGGGUUUAACUGCUUAGGUUAUAAGGCUUAAAAAAAGUCCAAAAAUUAAAGAAGCGAUAACAUUGUGCUGGAAUAUUUACAGUCAAGAACUGUUGUUGUAUUGAAAAAUUUCAGCUCUGGAGAGCUGAUUAAAAAAGUUUCAGAUUCGUAUGCUGGAUCUGUUGGAUAAGUGUGGACCAAAGCCGAAUCUCCAAUGAAAAAGUUGGGGAUUAAAAAAUACCCAGAUAUGUGUGGACGGGGCCUUAAAAACCAGGUUCUUAGUCACUGGUUUUUACAGUAUUAUGUGUUUGUUUUUCUUCAGGGGUGUUCCUGCUGUGGUUGACUUUGCUGCUAUGCGAGAUGCUGUUAAAAGACUUGGAGGGGAUCCAGGCAAAAUCAAUCCACUCUGUCCUGCUGAUCUUGUGAUUGACCAUUCUGUUCAAGUUGAUGUAUCAAGAAGGUAGUUGGACUAUACAGCUACUUAAAAUAAAGAUAAUAGAUUUUUUCUUAAUGAAUUACAGUGGAAGCUCUCGUAAGCUGACACCCUCGGGACGCGAAAAAGGUGUCCGUAAAUGGGGUUGACCCCUUACGGGAAUGUAAAAAUACAGAGUUUGUAUCGGAGUUGAGAAAAACGGCAUUUUGUGAAGGGGGCCAUAAGUUGAGCUUUCCGCUUAUGAGAGUGUCUGUUAGGAGAGCUUGCACUGUUAUAGUACAUUAUGAAGUUAUGUCCUAACACCAGUAGCCAGGGUUGUCGGAAUGUUUUGAAGUAGACAGCUGAGUUGUCAAAGUAAGUGGCCAGUCCAGAGAUAUUUUAUUUAAAAAAUGCCGUCCAUAGAGAAAUGCUAAGCAGAGUAGCUGGCCGAUACUCACCAAGUAGGUGGCAAUUUUCGCCGGCAGCCGGCUACUUUUGACAACCCUGCAGUAGCUGUCUAAGUAUCCUAAGACAGACUUGAUGAGCUAGGGUCAUAAGUGGCCUGUAUAUGUUCAGUAUUGGGUCCCUCUCCCUCUGGCUCAAAAUGCCUCAGGUUUGUUCUUUUGUUUGAGAGAGAUUGAGGCCAAAAUCUUCUGGAAGAAGUGGAUUGAACAAAAGACCCAUUGUUUAUGCAAACAAUAAAAAUAUUAACAAACUUAGUGCCAAAAAAAAAAUUUUGUUUCUUGGCAUUGAAUUUCUGCAAGACAAAGCAAAUAGACAUCCAAAAAACAGAGGUGAACUUGUAGCGAAAAGGAGGUCUCCCAAAAUAAUAUUUUAUUGUAUCUGCCCUUUAUGCCCCUAGUCUUCUUGUAAUGUUUUCAUUUUGUAAUGUUACAAGUUUAUAAAACAGUUCUGAAAAGUUCUUAAACCAUACUAUAUCAUGGACAGUAGAGUUUAUAAUUUUGACUCUAAUAAAAUACAGUAUAAUUUUGUCACUAGUAAGCUGCACAUUUUUUAUGUAUAAAGAUUUAGUGUUUCAAGGGUUUUAACUGUUUCAGUUAUAAAUAUUAUGUGUGGAAUGAUUAUUAUUGUAUUUCUCUUUGUUCUUACACCCUGUACUUCCACUUAAAUUCACAAGCUAACUUCUAAUAUUAUUAACUUGAAAUGCUUACCGUAUUUACUUGAAUAAUGUACCACUUCUGAGUAAGCACCUCCCUGGAAUAAGUGCCAAUUUUUGGGACAAAAAAGUUGAUAAGCCCUGUCCCUGAAUAAGCACCAGAGCCCUGUGUUAUAAUCAGAAUCAAAAGAUGUUAAUUCUGUUUGUUUAAUACGGAAAAUAUUAAUACUGUAGUUAUAACAAUUCUUUAUUGCGUCCAACUUUCAAAUAAACGCCGCCCUCAAAUAAGUGCCACCUUUGGAUAAGUGCUGCAUUUUUGAAAACUUUAAUUAGUGCAAUGGCCCUUAUUCGAGUAAAUACGGUAUUACUACAGAAGACAGGAAAGAAUAUGUGGUCUUGUUCUUUCAGUCAGACUCAGUUGUUUGACCCGGGCGGCAACUGGCCCAAGAAGGACGACCCAUGUCCAUUUCAUUUGCUACCCAUUGACUGGUGCGAUUUCACUUUUUCUUCUCUUAAUAAUGUUCAAACAUUCAUUUCUUGAGAGUUUAGUAUACAGAGUGGUGCAUGUAUACUUUAAUUGCACCUCUGGUAAUCAUUAAAUGAAUAUUGUGCCUGGCUGAUUUUCUUGUAAGCACAAAAAAUUAUUAAUAACUUCAUGAAGUUGCCACCAAGCUGAUGUCUCUUAAACCUCUAAAUGAAUAACAGGUUUCUCCUCAUGAACAGUUUGAACUGAUAGUACCCAUUGUUUUUGUCUCUCGAAAGAUACAUGUAACUUUGUACAUUUUAUUUAUUAAUCACACAUAUCAUAAACUGUACUUUUGCUUUCUCUUAUUAAUAUCACUUCUGCUACUGGUGUUUGGACCAGGCCAAUUUAAGUUCUGUUUCAAAAUUCAAGAUGAUGUGAGUUCUCUUACGUUCAAGCAGCUUUCCUCAAGUUUUCGAUGAUGUACACCUAAAUGAAUAGUAACAGUGAUUAUGUAUGUUUUUUCACCAGCUCCACAGCACUUCAGAAAAACCAGGAAAUGGAAUUCACAAGAAACAAGGAGAGGUUUCUUUUUCUGAAGGUAAGUGUUUUCUUUACCUUUUUCUGUCAAGCAGUUUGCUGAGGCAGUAUUAUUACUUGUAUGGAUGUUAUGCAAAUUUGUUCUUUGUUUUAAAUUCUCGAAUUGGUUGGGCCAAAUUAAUUUCUUUUCUAUUUCUACUCAUUUGUAAUAAUUAUUGCUUUAUGUGUUGAGUCAUUGAUUGAGUUUUACUGGUAGUGAAUAUUUUUUAUUUGUUUGUAGUAGUAAACAUUCAAAAUCACAAUGUGGGAAAAUGCGCACACGAUUCUGUCACUUUAAAUACUAUGUAAACAUUCAUUAUUUAAAUGUCACAAAUUUGCAUAAUUUCGAAGCAUCUGGUAGUUUCAUUACAACAUUUGUAUGCUUUUAAUCUUGGCCAGAAAUUACAAUUGUUCCAGAACUGUAUCUGAAAAAGUUUGCUGUCGAACCAACCUCACUUGUUAAAAACACCUAUAGCACGUAACAAACAGUCACAAAAAGUGCAUAUGCUGAUUAGAAGUUGUUACACAAUGUGACUGCCACGAAGAAUGAUUUUGUUUUUCCAGCACAUGGUUUUUGUACAGACUAUUCAUUGCCAACAAGCUCAUGUUCUCUCAUUGAACUAUUUUUUGCAGAAGUUAUUGAAAGUCCUCUUACUAAUUCACUGAAUUCAUUUUUUCUUAGUGGGGCUCAAAAGCGUUCAAGAACAUGACAAUAAUUCCACCUGGGUCAGGGAUAGUUCACCAGGUCAACCUUGAGUACCUUGGUCGUGUGGUGUUUAACAUGAAUGGUGUCUUGUACCCAGAUAGUGUUGUAGGUACAGACUCUCACACAACAAUGAUAAAUGGGCUUGGAAUUGUUGGGUGGGGUAAGUUUUGCUUUGAUUUUUAUUGUUUGCUUCUCGCAGAAAGGGUGUUUUCAAUUUACAUGUAUUAUAGCAGAAAUUAUUGAAAAAGAAGUGCAGAAACUGACCAAUUAACAAUGACUAAGAAGCAAUCAGCGGAAUCCAUGUACUACAGUGAAAACUCCAUGUGUGGCAGUUUCGCGUAAGAAACCAUCUCUCAACUAAAGUAUCCAAAAUUACCAAAAUUAGUUUUCCUAGUCAAACUACCAUAUUUGUUUAAACAUUCCAUGUACAAAUUUUCCAAACUGAUCUCCAUACAUUUCCUGGACGAAUAAGUUGAGAGAAUUUGUUAAUUGAUCAAAUCCUUUUCUCUUUAGUGAUCAUUUUAUUUAUCCUUAUAACCUAUUCUCUUGAUCACCUACACGUAGUGACGUUAUAAGAAAAUUGGUUUUGUUCCAUACAUGUAGUUGGGAACCUCUCACAAGUGGCCACCGAAUCUUGGCAAUUUGGAGUGUCGCUCAUGGUGGUUUGUAUGUAUUUAAUGUUGCAGGUGUUGGAGGAAUAGAAGCUGAAGCUGUCAUGUUAGGUCAGGCAAUAAGUAUGGUAUUGCCAAAGGUGGUGGGAUAUAAGCUGACAGGCCAAGUGAAACCAUUCAUAACAUCCACUGAUGUCGUACUUACCAUUACAAAGGUAAGUGGUACAAUGUACACUGUACUGAAGCAAGGGUGGUUGCAGGGUGCAAAGAAAGUCAUUUUUACAGUUUGCCACUUGAACAAGCUGAAGCUAGCAUUUACUAGCCCAAACGUCGUUUCAACGAGCCCCCAAAAUUUUUUGAUUAGCAGAAUUGAUUUCACAGUUCUUCUGUAAGUUGAAUUCCUCAAUGUUUUUCCUACCGGUAACUGAAAUUAAUUUUUUUUUUACUUGUAGCAUCUUCGCCAGAUUGGUGUGGUUGGUAAAUUUGUGGAGUUUUUUGGUCCAGGUGUAACUCAUUUGUCCAUUGCUGAUAGAGCCACUAUUGCUAACAUGUGUCCUGAGUAUGGGGCAACCGUUGGCUUUUUUCCUGUGGAUGAAAAGACUCUUUUGUAUCUCAGACAAACAGGUCAGUAUGCUUCUAAAGAAACAAGGUAGUUUCUUGGUGUUGCAGACGAGUGCGAUCACGAAAUGAUGUAUCACAACUUAUCACGUUGGUACAUAGCAGUACAGUAUGACUUUAGAGCACUAGCUGAAAAACAUAAACUUGAGCCUGCGAUCAAUUUAAAGCUGAUAACUGGUCAGCGGAAUACCUCAUAUAAACAUGUGACCUUGAUGAGCUGACACUUGAGCCUGCAAAAUUAAUAUGGUCACGUGAUUCUGGUCAGUGGAUGCCCUGUUUUGACAGCUGUCAAUCACCCAUACGAUGGAUGUCAUUUAUCAAGUUAAUUGAACACAGGUUGCAGGUUCCCAUGGUAGCUAGAAAAAUGUGAAAAUGUGAAAUUUCACAUUGGUUGCCCUGUGCUGCAGACGGAUGGGUGGGCAGGUGGCAGGUGGGUGGACAGACCUAUGUUCACUCGACUACCAAAAUUUCUCAGAUGCAUAUAUAACCAAAUUUUCUUGCCCAUGGUGCUCCACUAUAAACUUUGAAAUCUAAUCUUCUUUUUACUUUUCUAUCAGGUCGUUCUGAAGAAACACUUGAACGUGUUGAGGCAUACAUGAAAGCUACCAAAAUGUUCCGUGACUACUCUGACCCAAACAAUGACCCAGUGUUUUCCGAGGUAAGACAGAAAUUAUGGGGCUUUUGUCCUGCUUUGGCUUCCAAACGUUUUUAAGUAUGUGUAAUUAUUUGUCUCAUGCUACGUGCAAUAAUUGGACACAACAUUGUUGGCCAUCAACUCCCAACAUUGUUGGAUAAUACAUGUUGUGUCUGUUUGCACAUCCUGUUGCAUGUUGUUGCAUGUUGUUUGAAACCAGUCAAACUUUAAGCUUCAUGCAAUCGGAUGCAAUUAUCAUUGCAUCCAUACAUUCCCUUGAAGAAUUUGUUAAGAGAAAUUGAUCUAAGAUCAAAGUAUCCUCCCUUUGAUGAUCAUUUCAUUAAUUCUCAGAACUGUUUCUCUCAAUAAUUUGUGUAUUGAUACUAUUAGCAGAAAAUUGCUGUUGGACUCUCUUGGAGCCAGACUGCUCUUCAUGCAUUUUUCAUGCAAUGUGUUAGAACAAUUUUUUUGAAAAUCAAGGCAUUUUCUUUCAUAUCACGAUCUUUGUAAAGAAAAAGCGAUUGCUACCACAGCGGACUCCUGAAGGAACAGUUUGAAUUUCCUCCUCUAAAAAUGCCAACAAUUCUUUGGAUCGAACAAAACCACCAACCUUGAGCGAGGCUUGUGAUACACCAAUCACUCACAACCAAGUAGUUGUACUCAGUAAAAUGACACUAUUGCCUGAUGAAGACCUGCAGAAUGCAGUUGAAACCUCACGUUUAAUAUCUAAGUGACAAUGUUGAGACAAACGAUAAACAAAACCCUUUAUAUUCAUUAACCACGAGGACCAUCAUCUUUCCUGACAUCAUGAUGUUUCUUUAGAUUGUAGAGCUGGAUCUGUCUACAGUAACUCCAUCAUUAUCAGGGCCCAAAAGACCUCACGACAGGGUGGCAGUAUCUGAUAUGAAGCAGGAUUUCAUGGACUGUUUAAACAAUAAAGUUGGAUUUAAGGGUUUUGGCAUUCCAGCUGAUAAACAGUCAGUAGAAGUUCCUUUCACCUUUGAAGGACAGGAGUUCAAGUUAUCUCAUGGUGAGAACUUUAUGUGAUACAGUAAUCAACCCCUUGACCUCCCAGAAUUUCUAAAUUUUUAAAUGCAGCAAAGGCCGUAGUAUAAUUGGCCAUAAAAAGGGGCAAUGCAACUGAAAAGCUUUCAUUUGCGUGGUCACACCAUAAGAUUUCAUCCAUAGCCAGAGUCAAAUGUUUUCAUAGCUGGCUUUGGAGAAAUUACGAAGGGUCAAGAAUGACUAAACAACCAACUACAGGUACAUGUACUAACAGUAUCAUCAUCAUCAUUGUCAUCAUAAUUAUCAUCUUCAGUGUUCUCCGUGCCAGAAGGCCAUGUCAGGGUUACUGAGAACUAACUAGCAGUCAGAGCGGGACUUGAACUCGGGUCCUCUGAAUUACAAGUCCAGCGCUCUAUCUGCUCGGCCACGCUGCCUCCUCACUUUGACUUUGAUGGUGGUUUACACAGAAGUUUUUCAGACAUAAGUCACUAUCACCAAUAGUCCUAUAAAUAGUCAGGACCACUUACCAAGGAAAUCCUAUUCUACUACCUGUAACAUCCACGCAUUUGUUUUAUUUUCCCCAAAUCAAGGUUCUGUGGUGAUAGCUGCAAUUACAAGUUGUACAAAUACUAGUAACCCAUCAGUUAUGCUGGGAGCAGGACUGUUGGCAAAGAAAGCUGUAGAAUUGGGACUGUCAGUUAAACCUUAUGUCAAGACAAGUUUAUCACCAGGUUCUGGAGUGGUCACAUAUUAUCUGCAAGAAAGUGGAGUUGUACCAAGUCUGGAAAAGUUAGGGUAAGAUUAAAAUUGAAACUGCUAGAGUUCAUAAUAAAAAUUAUUUCUAACUUUAAACACUAGUUUAUCCACAAUCAACCCCUGCUUUUCAGACACUUGCUUAAUAUGCACGCCUCAUUAUAAUUUAUGGACAGUUUUCUUUGUUCCUGGGGAAAGAAACCCCUUACAUUUAUCUCUAAAUUCAACCCACUUAUUUUGGACGCCUUGUUAAUAUGGACACUUUCUAUGAUCUUCUCAGUCUACAUAUUAAUGAGGUUUGACUGUAUUUUUGAAAUCUUGGAUGUUUCAUGUGAUUAAGAUUGUGUCUUGUCUUCAUUGUAGGUUCAAUGUUGUAGGUUAUGGCUGUAUGACAUGUAUUGGAAACUCUGGUCCUUUAUCUGAUGAAGUAUCAGAAGCUAUUGAAAAGGUUUGAGAAGUUGCUCAAUGUUUAACUUUGUGAUGUGUGCUGUAAUUGGUUUGAGUUUGAUUACUGUAGAUCAUCUAUUCAAGCUUGUUUCUUGAGGUGUGGCAGAAUAAGAAUCUAAUUUCACCCUGGUCACUAUGUAAGAAAAUCAUGGUCUUUGUGCAAGCACCUUUUCUUUCUAUGCUAACAAAACUUCCUUUCACUGUAUUAAAGAUGACUCCCUCCCUCUCUUAUCUGUCAAAGAAACUCCUGCAUUUUUAUUUUAUUCUAUUUAGUUACCUUCGCCUAUUUUAUGAUACAGAAAAAAAUUUGAAAGGGAUAAUAAGAUGUAUAAAGAAAUAAAGAAUUAUUAAUACAUCAUCAGACAGGGAUGUCUCACAACAGCUGUAAGACAAUAAAUUAUUUCAGUGGUCCAAGUGGCUAAAAAGUAUGCAAGAUGAAGUACAGCUACAUAUAACAUAGUACUUAUUAACUGAGACUGAUAGACUAUGAGAAGUCCCCAUUUUUCCUCAGGGAUAGUAGAGCAAGCGAAACGCGAACGCACGUGAAAAUCACCCCAUGCGAGAAAGGCAUGGGAUGAUUUUCACACGUACUUGCAUUUCGCUCGCUCUACUAUCCCUGAGGAAAAAUGGGGACUACUUGUAGUCUAGAGAGUGACGUCAUUAACGAGAAAUCUCAGACCAAGGCCUUGACUUAUUGUAUUGAUUGAGUGAUAGCGAGGUCAAUUCAUCAAGGCCGAGGUCUGAGAUUUCCCUGUAAUGAUUGAACGGCCAAGGUUAAUGAGUUAUUUAUUAUAUGGCUUUUUCAUUAUGAACCCAAGACUGCGGUCAAUUAAAACCAACAACUGGUCAGCUGAUAACUUUAAAAAACACGUCACCUUAAUGAGUUAUACAUUUGAGCCCAUGAUACAGUCAGCUGACACUGAUCAGCAGAUACCUUUUUGACAGCUGUCAAUUUGACCAUAACAUGGAUGUCCAUUAGGAUGUCCACUAUCAAGUUAAACACAGCUUGUAAAUGCCUCGGACACCUAACGAGUAAUGCACGAUCAUUACAAGAAAACAAUCACUGUUGUAGCCAUAUAAUAAGAUGCAAGAAUGAAGAUAGACAGACACAAGGGUUUAAAAGAAGAUUUGAAAAGCCUGUAGAGCUCAAAAGAUAAUUUGAAAAUUAAAAUGUGGAUAACUUUCAUGUAAUAUUAAGUUUUUUUUCUUUGUUGUCUUAUUUUCUCUAGGGUGAUCUUGUGGCUGUGGGUGUGUUGUCGGGAAACAGAAAUUUUGAGGGACGUAUCCACCCUCUGACAAGAGCAAAUUACCUUGCCUCCCCUCCCCUAGUGAUUGCUUAUGCCAUUGCAGGCACUACUCUUAUAGACUUUGAGAAAGAGCCGAUAGGUGANAGGCAUGGGAUGAUUUUCACACGUACUUGCAUUUCGCUCGCUCUACUAUCCCUGAGGAAAAAUGGGGACUACUUGUAGUCUAGAGAGUGACGUCAUUAACGAGAAAUCUCAGACCAAGGCCUUGACUUAUUGUAUUGAUUGAGUGAUAGCGAGGUCAAUUCAUCAAGGCCGAGGUCUGAGAUUUCCCUGUAAUGAUUGAACGGCCAAGGUUAAUGAGUUAUUUAUUAUAUGGCUUUUUCAUUAUGAACCCAAGACUGCGGUCAAUUAAAACCAACAACUGGUCAGCUGAUAACUUUAAAAAACACGUCACCUUAAUGAGUUAUACAUUUGAGCCCAUGAUACAGUCAGCUGACACUGAUCAGCAGAUACCUUUUUGACAGCUGUCAAUUUGACCAUAACAUGGAUGUCCAUUAGGAUGUCCACUAUCAAGUUAAACACAGCUUGUAAAUGCCUCGGACACCUAACGAGUAAUGCACGAUCAUUACAAGAAAACAAUCACUGUUGUAGCCAUAUAAUAAGAUGCAAGAAUGAAGAUAGACAGACACAAGGGUUUAAAAGAAGAUUUGAAAAGCCUGUAGAGCUCAAAAGAUAAUUUGAAAAUUAAAAUGUGGAUAACUUUCAUGUAAUAUUAAGUUUUUUUUCUUUGUUGUCUUAUUUUCUCUAGGGUGAUCUUGUGGCUGUGGGUGUGUUGUCGGGAAACAGAAAUUUUGAGGGACGUAUCCACCCUCUGACAAGAGCAAAUUACCUUGCCUCCCCUCCCCUAGUGAUUGCUUAUGCCAUUGCAGGCACUACUCUUAUAGACUUUGAGAAAGAGCCGAUAGGUGAGUUGCACCGGUGAUUGCGUUCUUUUGACAGUCAGUGGUUAUUUUGAGGUCUGUAAAAGUCAAUAAUAGCUUGGUCAGCUGAAGGAGUGUGAUUUCUUGUCAUUUGUAGGUAUAUCUAAGGACGGAAAAGAGGUUUUUCUCAGAGAGAUCUGGCCAACGAGAGAAGAACUACAGGUUUGCUUUCAUACGCACUCACAGUCACUUUAAUCCUGUCCGCUCCAAUAUCCACAUAGAAAUUCUCAAAACUGAUCUUCAUACAUUUUCUUAAAAAAUUAGUUGAGAGAAUAAGUUUGAAGAUCAAAGCAUUUAAAGGGGUUCGCUUCAUUAGUUCUCGUAACCUUUUUUCUAGAUUAUAUUAUAUUGAUAUUGUUAUUGUAAAAGCCGAUGUUGGUCACUAUCGGCACUUGAAGGAUUAACGGAUAUCAAGGUUGGCGCAGUGGUGAGUGCACUCGCCUCCUUCCAAUGUGGCCCGGGUUCAAAUCCCGGCGUCGAACAAUUUGUUUCCUGUCAUUUUACAAAUCGCUUAUAAACUGUGCCAUGUUUCAUGAGUGUUUUUUGCCAUUUUAAGUUUAAACCCUUGUGAUUUUUUUCUUUAGGAGGUUGAGAGGCAAUUUGUCAUUCCUGCGAUGUUCAAAGAAGUCUAUGCCAAAGUAACGGUACGUAUAAAUUCUCUUUGAUGUUGAAAAUAUCCUUACCUCAGAUAACGUAGAAAGUUAAUAAACAGAUAAAUAAAUAUCGUGGUUCAAUCAGUCAACUAAUCAUUUAGGAGCUUUCAAUCGCUGUUGUUAUGUUGUUUGUCAGUUCUGUCUACCCAGAAGUAAAUGAUCGGGAGUACGCUUUUUUGGGAAAAAAAUUUAUCCGAGCUCAGCGAAUUAUUUUUAAGUGCUUCCACUUAUAUUAGGUAGCCAUAUUUAAUUCUAUUUCUUACGGUUUACGUUCGUCUCGCCAUCAAGAAGUCUUCUCGCCAGCACAUAAGAACUGUGCAAUAAUUAACACUGUUUACUUACCUGGGAUUGUUACUUCUUCCUGAAGCCCAAAUAUAAGUUUAUCCAUGUUAACUGACACCCUGAGUCGAACGUCUCAUCUUUAGUUUUAUUUUUGGUGAAUAAUUGCGACUUUUCACUGCCUUAAUACGGCUUACUUGCAUCGCACGAGGGGUGCGAUUUGUUGAAAAUCCAACAGCUUUUCUUAUGAAAGUUGGUUAAUAUUGUCACUUAAACCUUACCUCCUUAAAUUUUAUUGUAAAUUUAAAGUGAAAGAAUUCUUUUUAGAGACUUGCCCUUUCGAUAAGUAUUAAGAUAUAUACUCUUGGUGGUGAGAUGCAUAGUUUGGUGGCGAAGUUACCGGACACCUUUCUUGUCUCUGCCCAACACGAUGUCAGCUGGAUACUAACCUGUUUUCUGAUUGCUUUUAGACUGGAAAUCCUCGCUGGAAUUCUCUCGAGGCACCUGACAGUAUGUUGUAUCCAUGGGACGAGAACUCAACUUAUAUAAAACACCCACCUUUCUUUCAGUCAAUGGUAAGUAUGAAUGGAUGAGUAACAGAAUCAUUGUUGCACUAUCAAUAAAGUUCUAACGAUUCUGGGGCAUCAAAGAGUAAAAUUUGAACCAGAGAUUUCGAUAAUAAGAAUGAUGGUGGUGAUGGUCUUGUUAUAUUUCUUGAGGGAGCAGUGCGGCAUACUACCUUCUUGUCUUUAAACGUCAACAGCCAAAACUGUGGUACAGAGGGCGCUUUCCAUUUUUCAAAACUGACCGGCCAGGCCAUAACGGCUUGGAAACUAAAAUUUCGAGGACGUUUUUGGACUUUUUACAUUUAGGGCAUGAAUUUUUCGUCAUUUCAGGCCUUGGAACCUAAAAAUGAGCCUAGCUAGCUGUAAAAAGGGGCAAUACGGAGGCAAUACGUCCUAGCCGGCAUGAUCACAUGCUGUUUACGGAAAAUUCCCUCAUCCAUGUCAGGAAAUUCUGUAUUUUAAAGCCUCCCCUAGGGCAUGACUCAGCAAUUGAGGACAUUUCUGCUACGUUUUCAAUGUUGGUUAGCAUGCAAGGAUUUUUCCCAUGCCUAUCGUCAAUGAUUUGCUCACUGGUAAUAGAGGGGGUGGCCCCAGAGUGGUUUUGCAUUGAAAUUGGCAUGCAACAGAAUUUCGCAUGCCCUGUAAGCAUAAUUUGAGGUUCUGUGACCUUCUCACCCAGGCCGCGAGAAGCCUAGGUUCUAGUAAUAAGUAAUUCAUACCCAGCAAAAUCCCCGGCAUGCCGGGCAUGCCAAAUUUUCUGACAUGCCCGGCAUGCUAAAUUCUCUGGAAUGCCGGGCGUGCCAUAAUCUGGGUCAUGCCGGGCAUGCCAAAAUCGGUCUCUGGCAUGUUUCAACGCACAGGUUAUAAUUCCUUGAAUCUACAGAUAUUUUAAGCCUGGCUAAAAAAAAAAAAUAAACAGAUCACAGUGCUUAUCUUUUGAUGUACGGUUACACGAUGACGUCAUUGCUAUUCCUUUCAUUUUCAUAGAUUUGGUUGUCCCAGCGAAGUUUAAAUAACAAAAGCUCUAAUUUUCACAAGAAAGUAAAACCCUGAGGGAUUCUGCCGAAGUAAUAAAACAGCGUCAUCGUGGAGAUGACCUGUUGGGGGAUUGUAAAAACUCCUCACCCCUUUUAAUGAGUCUUUAAUAGGAUUCCCAUUUCACAUUGCGAAUAAAAUGGAAUUGACUGAAAUCAGUAAAAAGAGAGACAGAGACUAUUUUCAUUGUAUAAUAAAAUGCAUCUAUGUUCCAUGAAAGCUUUUAAAAAUACAAGGUUAUAGAAUAUCUUUCAAAGUUCAUUACAAACUGAGCUAAGCCCCAAAAUCACUGUUCAUUAUUCAGUAAAUUAUGAUGUUUGACAAUGCAAUGUGCUUGAAUAUAACGUUGCAAUUACAAAUCUCUCGAACGCAAUUUUCCCUACGUUAGAAAAGCUCUUUUUAUCUUGUUUCACAUUUUGAUAAGGAGUCUGAGUUCCUCUUUCUUGUUUUGUAGGCUUGCCAGGGAUUAAUGUUUUUUUGUCAUUACCAGUGUCUGUGUUCUUCGUUUUUAACUCAAAGUAAGUCAGUAAUAACUGACGGUAUCAAAGGAUUGCUCUCUAGAAAAGUAAUUAUCUCCUCGUCAUGUCUGGAAGUUACCUGUAACAAAAAAGAAAUGGAAUCUUAACACAUGCAAGGGCAAUAUGAAAAAAAGAAAUAGAACAUGUAGAGCUCAGCUUCUCUUAACAUAUUUUCAUACUGGCUUGUUGAGUCUGUUAAAGGUCGCAACUAAUUGUCUGAGGCUAAUUUCACAAGAGUGUGCAAUUGAGAUAAAUACAUGGUAAAUAAAGUGAAAGAAACGUGGUUUCACAUUAGCCAAUUUACAUUGCGCUGUUCGAUGAUGUUUACACGCUUUUCUACUGCGAAAUAAACCUUUGCAUUUGGAUUUGCAAGUCAAGAUUAUACCGAGUUUGACUGACACUUAAUUGAACAACAGUUUCAUUUUUAAGCAGGCAAUUGGGGUGUAGACCCAUAUAAAGCCGGAAUAUGUAAAGGAAACUCAGCGAAAACUUUUUCGCAUCUUUUUGUGGCGAUAUUCUUUCACGGCCCGUCAACUGAUUAGGGGUUGCGAAGAAAAAAUAAAUUAGGACCAAAGGUUAAAGCCUGUCCGGUUACAUCAUUUCGUAUGUUACCUAGAGUUCUAAUAAAUAGGUCAUAAAAUAGGAUUUAACGAGAGCGAAUUUGUUUCUCAAUCGGUGUAUAAAAAAGUGAGGCUAUCAAAUGAGAAGUUUAUAGAGUAUCAAAAUUAUUAAAUUAAAAGCUCAUUUAAUUAGGAAAAUUCCUAUACGAAAACAAUGCUAGUGACAUUAAAUUGAUCAGAUAAAAUUCUCAGAAAAUAUGUCCAAUAAAAGCCUCAUUAUUUGCUUUUGUUUUUGCGUAAAGGUAAAUUUUUCGGCCCACAAAGCAAAGUUGAAAAAGCGACUAAAUCUUAGUUUUUUACAUUGAACAUGUUUAUUAGCUUAGUUUUCGUCCGUUUUAAAAGCUUUAUAACCCAAUCAUAAUUUUCGGGUUAAAAUAUUACAAAAUCAUUUCAAAAACCAUGUUCAUUUAAAGUAGAGCCGGCAAACCUGAACAUUUUGUAAUUCAAAAGUCGGACCCAGCCAGGUUGUUUAAGCUUAGAAUUAUUUGCAUUUUAGCGUCCUAUAAAUUUACCAGAAUCGCCUCUCAGAGGCUUACUGUAGCAAAGCAUUUUGUAGUACACUCGUAGACAAGCAAUGUAAGCCUUAAGUCUUUGCUUGGAUGAGAUGUCCAAAAGAAAAAUUAGUUUUGUGGACCUAAACGCACAUUCACAGACUGCUUAUAUUGAGUUGUUUACAACUUUGCAUUGACACGCGCAGCAUGUUCAUUUUUUUAAAGCGAAAUCCAAAUCUGAUUUUGGCAUUUGAUUUACGGAUAUUUUAUUUUGUCUCCAAAAGUGAUUGUAAUAUCCGUUUGAUUGUCUUUCAAACAACAGUCAAACUAUGCAGCAAAAAUAAGUAACUUUACCAGUACAGUGGAAAAAUAUGACCGUAGGUGCCAAAAAUAAUUAUACUCGAGCUAUAAAAUUAGAACUGACUUUUUUUAGCUUUGGUUUCUUAUUUUUGAAGUUUUCUCUAGUCUUCUUAGCAGCAGAAGAAGAUUACAAGACAUACAAACAGAAACAAUCCGAAGUGAACAAGUUGACAACCACUUAUGCCGGAGUUCUUAGGCAUGCUCAACAGCAAGAUAAACUGAAUGCCAAAAGGAUAAUUCACGGGAUUUGUUCGAUAUUCAGGCUUUUUCUUUACCAAAUUAAUACUAAAUUUGUACUUACAGUCUCUCGCAGAAUCCAUUUCUUGUCCAGCAUUCACCAACAUCUCAACCAUGCACCGCAGAAAAAAAAGACAAACAAGUGCGAAGAGACAUGACGACAUCGUGACGCCACAACUGCCACGCUACAACAAACUAGAUUCAUCGUCAUCCGAAAACACUUCUGCGGAAAUUCGGCCGAUUUCGUGCGUGCUCGGGGUAUCUUCGGAUGACGCAGAUGACGUUGCUCAAAGGACUAUCGUCAGCAAGGAGUAAAACAGUUUGCGAGAUUCGCAUAGCCGACAAGAAGCGCACUGAAAAACUAAGCAAAAUCUCUCUGAGAAGGCAGUCCAAAUUCACCAAAUCAGAACGUCUUUGCAGUAUUAACGUCGUACUCUCGUACUGACUUGAACGACCUGGUAAGCUUAAUUUUCACCAGUCUUUUAAUGCUGUUGACCGGGAAACAUUCCGACGCGAUAAAACUUAAGCAUGGAUAAGUUUAUACUGAGAAGAUUUGUUAUCUUAUUGUUUAAGACGCUUUUCCGCGAUCAAAUUUAAAUCAGUAUCGGUUUGAAAUAAAAGGAUUAAUCUUUGAUUGCAAGUUAAGUAUUCUAUUUUAUGCAUGAAUAAUGUUGUUUUGUUGUGCUUUUUAUUUAUAAAUCCAGGCUUCUGUCUUCAGUUUUGCCAGUCGAUCCCGUGACACACAUUGUGACAAACAUGACUUUUUUUGUUAUAAUCUGCAUUUAUUGCCAGGCAUGAAACCUGUAACUUCAAGCUCCCUAAGAUAUAUUUGGCGAUUAUAUGUGAUUCUCAGGAUAUGAUGCUGAAGCGAACAUCAAAAUCAGUGUCGCUGGGCAUGCCAAUUUCUUGCCUGGCAUGCCGGGCAUGCCAAACCAACUGGCUUCACCAUAAGCUUCACCAUCGGCAUGCCCGGCAUGCCAAACCAGAGGAGCAAAAACUGGGAAUUAAUUAUCAACCCGGCGAGAGAUCUGGGACCAAAGUUUAGCUGGGUCAAUUUUGGGCUGCAAGGGCAUGAACCCAUUUUUUCCAUGCCUAUGAGAUGUUAUUUCUAAGUACCAAUGUUCCCUUGAAUUUUGUCAUGCCUAAAUAUGUAAAAUUUUCCCUCUCUCAUUAAUCCUCAGACUAGAUGCGAUUUUUACGCUCGCUAGGCAUGUUCACCUGAAAAUCAUGCCCAUACCCUUAUUCAAAACAAAAUGCUAUCAAAUUUUAGUUUCCAAGCCGUUCCAUUCUCAUCGUAAUGAGAAUUUCACUUUUUAUAAAAAAUAUCCCGCCAAAUCAGUCAAAUCCGAAAUAGCAUGCUUGAAUGAGGUGGUUUUUCUACCAAAACUCUUAGAAAAAGCCUAUUUCAUUUCAAAAUAAAUGACCAUUGACAAGUGAACUUCUUUACAAAAGUUAAAUGGAAAAUAAGAAGCCAAGAAUUAAACUUUUCAACUUGCCCUUGAUGAAAGCUUGGGCUUGUUUGGGUUUUACCAUUUUGUUAUAAUAAGUUGGACGCGGGUUAGACCCUUUGUUUUCGUGUACUACCACCAUAGUUAGUUGUUUGGUAUCUUUGUAAAGCUUUAGGGAACAGUUAGGAAGAGCUUAUCCAGAGACUCUUACAAAACGGUUCUUUAUCGAGCAGGUAAACAUUGCAAGCUAUGUAUAGCGGCAAGAAAACGAGAAGGAUACUCAUUUGGAAAAUAAUAUGGUUGAUCUUGUUGGAAGGUCACUAUAAGUGAUAAGUAUCUCAGCACUUGUUAACCAUAAUUGUUUGCUUACAGGUCAAGGAUUUGCCCAGCCGGGAGAGCAUUAAAGAUGCUGCUGUAUUGUUAAAUUUAGGAGAUUCCGUUACAACUGAUCAUAUAUCUCCUGCUGGCAGUAUUUCUCGCACAAGCCCUGCUGCUCGUUAUCUGGCUGGUAGAGGGUAGGAAUGUGUUCCUUUAUGAUAUAUAUAAUAACCGCGUGUUUCAGUUGUCAAUUUUAUAGAAUUGUUUUGGAUCGAAAACCGAAAAGAAUUUAAAACAAAUGCUUUGAUUUAAGUUGUUACCCAUUUUGAUUGGCUGUAAAUCUCGCACCACUUUCUUAACCAAGCACGAAAAGAAUUUAAAACAAAUGCUCUCAUUUAAGUUGUUACGUCUUGAAAUCUCGUGCCACUUUCUCAACCAAUCACGUAUUGCAUAAUCUAAUUGUAGCAUUUUCGCAUGCGUUUCCCGCGCCUUCCGCCAGUCAACAUUUGCUUUCUCUGAUUUCUGAUUGGUUUAUUUGAUUUUCUUUGUUUGCUCUGAUUGGGCAGAUUAAUCACUAAUAGCGAGACACCGCUAAGAUACGACAGCGGCAAUGCUAGUGAAAACGACGCUAAAAAACUGACUUCACAUGCUUUCAAACUUUUUCACGAUCGUCACAUAUCCUCAUUUCAUUCAGUCAUUUGAAAGUUGGGAAAUCAAACAGGUCCAGAGGUAAGGGGACCACGUCUGAACUCAGUUUGGUGGAGUCAAAUUUAUGGCAUUGACGUUCGCGUUCUCAGAUUUGGUCAUUUUGUGUCGUUGUUGUGCUGGGACGUCAAAGAUAUAUAUAGAGAAAAGCGUAAUGCACGUGCAGAGUUGUUGUUUUGCUAACUCUAUCCUACUUUUUAGGCGUUUCCGUUUUCCCAUCAAAUUCUCUUAACAUGGAUUAGUAAAGCAUAUAAUAGUCAGAUGUGUGUUUCAACUCUCUUACAUUUUAUCGCAGGCUCGCACCUCGUGAGUUUAAUUCUUAUGGAUCUCGCCGUGGAAAUGAUGCUGUUAUGGCCCGUGGAACGUUCGCUAAUAUUAGACUAGUGAACAAAUUCAUAGGAAAAGCUGCUCCCAAAACCCUGCACUUUCCCUCAGGAGAUACGGUACUUGGUUUGCUUGCUUACCUACACUUAUCAUGUACGUGCUUUGUUGUCGUUGUUUUGAGCGUUCUGAUUUGGUUUACCCGACUUAUUUAUGACUGUUCUUCUACAGAUGGACAUCUUUGAUGCCGCUGAACGCUACCGGCAAGAGGGACGCCAACUCAUUAUCUUGGCCGGCAAGGAUUAUGGGUCAGGAUCGUCACGUGACUGGGCUGCUAAGGGGCCCUGGAUGCAGGUAAAUACAAUAGUCGGAAAAUAAUACACACUCAUAGGGCACUUAAAACCCCUCACUCGUCGUGGUGAGAAACUCUUGUUCGUGGUAUUUCAUUAACAAUUCAAACUUAAAUCUUAAAGGCUGAAUGAUUCAGGAGUGUUUUUUCACAACUCUUCUCGCAAAGGACAAUCGUUCAUGGGGUGGUUUCGUCCAUCAUUUUGUCGGAUAUCUCUGAUUGUACAAAAUAUUAACAGUUACACUACGAGUUUGAUUUUUCUGUAGUUAAUAGUCAUUUCGCCGCUUCGCGCCUCGUUGACUAUUUGACUCCCAGAAAAUGAACGAGUAAUGUAAUUGUUUUAGUAAAAAGCAGCAUGCUUCCUUCGAUCCUACCAAGUUUGGAUGAAAUAUGCAAAAACAGGCCUUUGUUUGCACAGCUUGAAUUUACGAAAAAACUCGUUUAAUUGUCACGACUACAUUUGUACUUUUUAGCGUGAAAAAAGAUCAUGCCGCUUUAGUUUUUGUAUCGUUUUGUUGUUUUUUCUUUUUUUCUGGCGUAGUAUCCUAAUUACUCUAUCUGCUCCUCAGAAAUGUCGCAGGGAGGAUUUGUUGAUUAAGUUGCCAUUGUUUUGUCCAAAUAACCGCUUCGCCACUCACCCUCUGUCACACAGUACUGACAGAGUGAAUAUGUUAGUCAAUCGGAUUCCGGAAUUCUUGAUAGUUUGUUAAUUGGUUUCUUCUAAAUUCGUACUUUAGUAUGCCUCUCAACUCUGACUGAACAGUACGUUUAUCGGGUAAUGGGGCAUCUAAGGAAGUCUUAUGAAAGGACCAUCGGGAUUCUUAUGUUGUCAGUGCAUGUUAACGUGGGAGGGGAGAGGGGGGUGGGGCAUCUCAAAAAUACACGUUAUCCUUAUUAUUUUUGUGUUUCUUUCCUCCAGGGCAUCAAAGCUGUGAUAUCAGAGAGCUUUGAACGAAUUCAUCGCAGUAAUUUGGUAGGAAUGGGUAUCAUGCCCCUAGAAUACCUUCCCGGCCAGAACGCAGAGAGCUUGGGACUGACGGGAAAAGAAAGCUACACUAUUGAAGUAGCUGAAGAUUUAAAAACCGGCCAAACAGUGGAUGUGAAGGUA